AUGAAAUAGUGCUUUUAUGAGAAUAGAAUAAUAGAAUCUUAAAUUUUUUAUCUUUUAGUCAGAUUGAAUAAUAAUGGAUAUGCAUCCUAUCAUUUCGACAUCAAAAUAAAAAGCAAUAAAGUACUAAAUAAUUUUCAUAACUUGAGUUGCUGUAGUUGGAGACAAAGGAGUUGGUUGAAACUAAGGUUAAUGACAGAGAUAUUGCGUCAAUUGAUUUUUUUAUAUCCUAUAUAUGGAUAGGGGAUUGCUAAUAUUAAACAAUCCAUUACUGGGUUGUCUCCUUAGAUUCAAAUGAAUAAUAGAAGACGGAAAUCUAUGCCAUUUAUACCUCAGAGUGAUAUUUAUGUUAUCAUGUUCAGCUUGGACUAAAACACAAGUUUGUAGAAUGCUUUGCAUGUUUGGUUUCAACUAAGUUCCUAGAAACAAAGUGCUUAAUAUAUAUUCUUGGGAUCGGAGAGCGGUAAAUUAAGACAGUGUGGUUCUUACAAUGAGAUCAUCAAAUUCAUUAGGAAUAAGAUGAUCAAAUCGUCUCCAAACUUAGAGGAGACUUAAAAUGAAUAGUCCCUAAAAGAAAUAAGGAAAACUAUUGCGUGCGUUGAUGAUUUCAUCGAUGAAUCACUUCCAGAAAAUGUUCAUUAUUUAGAAAUUAAGGAUUAUUAAAACUAAGCUUUCAAAAGGGUUCUUAUUAAUUCCAUUUAGAAUGUGAUAAGUAAUGAUCGAUAAACAUUAUAUUCAAUCAGUGCUCCCAUAUCUCCAAAUAUGAUGCCUUAAUUGCGUAAGCCUGUAUCUGAGUUUCUGCAGACAACAGAGUAUAUUGAGAGGCAAGAGCAUCUAAAGAGUGUGAAGGAGAAGAGACAAUCAGAAAUAGUUGAAACUAUAUAAGUAAGCUAUUCUUUACAUAUUUAACCUAUUUAAACAACGAAUAAUCCUGGUUUCUUAACUUUAGAAUAGAGCAGCUAUUCUUAAUAAGUUGAAAAAGAAACUGGGUUUUGUUGUUAGUUAAUAUGA